AUGGCUUCAUCUACCGUAGCACAACCGCACCCCAUCAUACGAUCCCGCGUGAUUCAGAAUGACACGGUCGAUGACAGCCGUCAACUACCCCCCCCCUUGUUGGCUGCACUGGGCACAUACGCUUGGCCAAAGGCCGCUAGCCGCUCUCGUAAGGUUUCCCGCUCUGGUCCCCCAGGGUCGCCUGCAUACGCAUGCUGCCAUCUCACCACCGAUUGUGCCGUUCCCGUCUCGUCUGGCCUCAAACAGAUGGGCACGGAGCCGAGGAUGCUUUCGGAGAGUUUUUGUUGUUUUGCUGUAUGGCGUCCAACGACUGGAGCUCCUCUUGGUCGCGGUUCCAUGCCUCCUGGAUUCAUGCCCCGCCUAUUUGCCUUUGCUGCCCUGCAUGUUCAAGUGUCAAACAUGAAUCGCUGGACGUCAACGCACCCAAUUGACUUCCAUCAGUUGAUUAACUAUUUGCAGCACCAAGCAUCAUCUGGCCUAGACCAUGAUGGAAGAGAACUCCGAGUCAAGAAGAAGAAGAAGAAGAAGUGGCCCCAUUGA